AUGGUGCAUCUUCAAUGGGGCCUUCGGCGUUUCUUCCGCCGAAGUAGCAACACUCUUCACAGCCAUGAAGGGGAAACCUCAAAUACUCCUUCCAGCGUGUCUGGAGUAGAUUACCAGGUCGUGUCUCGAUCAGAUGACACGCGGUUUCUAACACCAGACCCCGGAAACACCCAGACGCGUGUAAGAAGACAGUCGGUGUCUCGCGAGAGCGUACGGUCGAGGGCAUCAUCUAUCCAAUCAAGGCGCCGGCCCUCCUCCAGUGUCAGCCGUAGGCAAUAUGUCCGCGAGCCUGGUCUUGAACAAGCCAUCGCCGCUCAUGGAACCGUCCGACUCAAUGCCAGCCAGAUCCGCUGCACUCUAAUAGUCGCAAAUCACCAAGGCACAGGAGCGUCUGCAGAAGGUGUGCGGCACGAAGUCGCUCGCAUUGAGCAAUUGAUUGUAGAGUUUGAAGAAGAUGCAGCGUUCGAUGAGCUACACGACAAAGCUGUUCAGCAUCUGGUCCGACGGUUUAACCGGACCGCAGAGACCUACUACUUGAAAGUAGGACGUUUUCGGCUCGUUCGCGAAGAGCCCCGAACGGUAGCAGCUCGAGGCAUCUUGGAGCGGAAGGAAGACUGGACGGAGAAUUUGGGCCGGAAAGUCCAAGCCUUCCGUGGCCAAAACUUCCAAGUGAACUUUCACGUGGACAUUGAGUGGGAAUACUCAAGUCUGCACAUCGAACAAGUCCCUGGCACCUUGUAUGCCGAGACUAUUCGCAGAGCCCUCGAAAGUAAAAUUCGCCUCAACUGGGAGGAUAAGCUUUAUGUUCCACGAAAAGAUCUGAGGCAGAUCAUGACCGAGGACACUAUCAAAAAGCUGGUUCUGGACGAUAAAAGCCUGAAUGAUACUGAAGCCCGACGCCUCAACGGAUUCAAACCGGUCGACCUGGAUGCCCUAGCUAAAGACAUAUACACUUGGGCCGUAUGCCUGUUGGCUUGGUGCAUCUAUUCCGAUUUGCAACUUGUGUGCCUGUACCACAUGCUCAAGAAAGGCCUCCAAGACAAAGAUCUUCCUCUCACGAUUGACAAUUGUCCAGACGAGGCCUACACUACAAAGUUCAGAAUUUGCGCCACCCACUCAGGAGGAUUCGCAGCCUACACGUUCGCUCGAAAUGAAAAGCAUUUGGUUGACCACCAAGUAUUACCUGAUAACGCGGUGGUUCCAAUCCUUUUCGAUCAACGCGAUCCAAAGAGCAAGUUGGGCGAGGGCAGCUUCGGAGUCGUGUCCAAGGUUCGAAUUGACAGGGACCAUCAUGAAUUCUCCGAUCGAGAAGAUGAGUACUUUGCCUUUAAAAGAUUCCGUGACGUUGGUGCGAAUGUUGCUGCCAGUGUCAAAGCUGAAUCAGAAGUACUCUCAAAGCUAGCGGAUGCUCCACAUACCAACAUCACCACUCAUAUCGCGUCUUGGAGACAGAAAGGAAAUUGUUACAUGUUGUUCCGGUGUGCCGACUGCAACCUACGUACCUACAUGACGGUUAAUCCGUCACCCGAAUGGACCAAGGCGAACUUGCUCUCUAUCAUCCCCCAGAUGGCAGGACUUGCCGAUGGGUUGAAUCACAUUCACAACCUGGGUCCUGCGAACCUCCAACCGGAAGAGGUCGAUCUCCCGGCUCGUGGAGCCCACCGCCGCUCCAGUCAAGCAGGAUUCCACCACGACUUGAAGCCGGGAAACAUCCUGGUGACAAUGAACGAGGACACCGGCCAACUGCUAUUUUCCAUCAGUGAUUUUGGCUCGGCGAGGAUUGGCCAGAUUUUGUCUGGUUCCGAGCGACCCAGUCAAUUCACUAGAAAUCGGCAUCCGGGAGAUCCUGUGUAUGGAGCUCCCGAUGUCCUUAUCGACGGUAGGAAUUCACGCCCAUACGACAUGUGGUCGAUGGGGUGUAUCCUCCUGGAGUUGCUUUCGUGGAUGGUGGGCAAGGAGGGAUACGACGUGAAGACGUUUGAGCAGAGGCGAUUCGAAACACUGGCCAAUCCUAACGGCGAUCAGGACACGACAUUCUGGUAUGAGGACAUGUCUAGCAAGAUCAAGUUGAAACCCGCGGUCGUUGACCAGCUGAGAAUGUUGAAGACAUACUGCGAAGGACGAGGAGUUUUCGAAGACCUGGUCCGUGAAACAGGGAGACUACUGAAUCUCCAGCCUCGCAAACGUCCUGAGGCAUCACAGCUGUCGGGCGCGUUCAAAGGAAUUCUGCUACAACUGAACCAGGACCUGAAGAACGAGAACUUCUAUUUGAGCAACGCGCCGCCCAGGGUCGCUCUGGCGGCUCCGCCCACCCCAACUGAAGCCAUGGGUGGCCUCUCCAGAACUCACAGCAUCGAUGAGGGCGGUGUUCACGCACUGUACCCUGAAUCACUUUUACCGGAUCCUCGAACACACAGACGGUCAACCGUGGGUUCGAUCCACCCGGAUGCCGGAUUGAGAAGAGCUGCUGGCCAUGCGAGACAUCACAGUGAUUCCGAUGCCUUGGGAAGACCAAUGCAACUUCGAACUGAUGUCCAUACAUUCGCACAGCCGUCUAGCUUUUCAGACAGUGAUCAGCAUGAGACGGCUCCCAAUACUCCGAGAAUAUCACUUUCGGACUUUGACGAUGAUCCAGAGCGAGCUGUAGAGCUCAACGCAGAUGAACCGGUGCCCUACACACCCCGCUUCUAA